AUGUGGGAAGAUAUGAGCUACCGGUCUCGUAGCAUCGGUUACAGAACUAAAAAGUGGAAUGACUUAGAAUGGGAGCUUCAUCUAGAGCAACCAGCAAAAAGUUCAAGGUCCAGAACCGCUAGGUGGCAGUGCGGCGAUAAUAAGAAACUGAAGAAGCUCAUUUCCAACUUUUCUAAGAAUUCAAGUGCCCACGGGACGGCGUACAUCUGCGACAGUAGCAGUGGUACUUCAAAGUUCAUGAAGAUCGUCUACAAGGUGCUUUUUGUGUUGUGCUUGAUGAAUGUGGUGGGCAGCAUCGUCUUCCUACUUCAGGAAAGCCUCAGCAAGGAGUCCAUUUACAUUAACAGCAUCAAUAAAGAUUCGGUUGCAGGAAUGGUUGAAGACCCUGACUACUUUCCUCACUAUCCACGUGUCACGAUAUGCCGGAGACCUUCCUACAGAACAGAUCUCAAUUCCAGCCUGUUGCAACUUCUCGAAUACGCUAACAUCGCUCUCGGAUUUCCGUUCUCCGGGCUUACCCCAAAAGAAAUCAGUGAUCUGAUAUUAGUUGCCAGACAUCGCAUUAAUGCUAACCGUGGCCGUUUACCACCGGACGUGGUGGAUUUUCAAGAAACACUCGAUAAUCUCCAAAUCGAAUACGACAAGUACAAAAAUUCCACCGAAGAUUUCAAUCUGAAAAAUUUUGUAAACGACAACAGUUAUAAAUGUAAUGAAAUUUUCAUCGACUGUGUGGCUCUCGUCUUAAAAAUGAACUGCUGCGAAGUUUUCCUUCCCUCUCUGACACCGCUUGGGCUCUGUUACGAAAUGGUCCUUGACGAACAGAUCUUACAGACGAUGGCAAAUGCCAAGGUCCAUUUUACGUUAUCAAUCGACUUGAAAAAUCCUCCACAUAUAGAUCGACCUUUGGAAGAAGGGUUCUUGGUUGGGUUCAGCGAUCCGAAUGCCGAAGGCACCGGCGCCAUGAUCCAGGAUGUGGAAAUGGCCAUUCCUAACUACCUGACAUACCUAAAAGUAAAACUCAUCAGGACAGAAAGAAAUGCCUUGCACACUGCCUGGCACGGCUUAACCGAGAGUUGUCCCUCCAUGCCUGAAUUCGAGGACAUGAACUCAACAUACGGCAACCGUUACUCUUUGCAAACUUGUGACAUUCAUUACUUGAUGUCCAUCUUCGUAAAGUACUGCGAGUGCCAAGCCGUAGUAUUCCCAGGUAAUACCACUAGAAGGUUAUGCGAUCCAGCAGACAUAUAUCACUGCGUUCUUGUUGCUUACGCCAAAGAUAAUCGUAAGUAA